AAAAAAAACAAUGGAGAAAAUGCUUUACAUUUCAUUUUAAUAUAAAAAUAGCGGUUCUAUCAUUCAGCUACGGUAGCAGCCAAUGUGUGGUGUUCAAUGUAGGCCUACAUUCCAUGAGACUUUUGAAAAAACAUGCAGUGCUUGACAUUAACCUGUUAAUGCAGUUGUCCUUCAGAAAAGGUGACUGAAAAUGUUGUUGUGUUUUUUGACGCAAGAAAUUACUUUACAAAAUUUAAUUCAUUAUUAUUCCCAUACCAUUAUUACAGAGAACCAGACAAAAUUAUGCUACCCUCUGCCUAUUGGCUACUUAGCGUAUUCAUCCUUUCUCAAAAUACAACAUUGUCCCUUUAAGACAAAGAAAAAAGCUCCUUAAUGGACUCACUUUUCAAAUAUGUCUAGAAAUGUACAAGGUUUGUGCUCUUGUAGGAAGCAAUCACUCCCACAUUGCUGACUACAAAUUAGUUUUAACUGGGCUAAUAACUCACUAACUAGCAAAGAAUAUGAACAAAUAUACACACCUGGCUACAUGCAACUCUUGCUUUGAUUUCAAAACAAGCCAUUAUAAUCCUGACACUCAUGCUGUAAAACAGUCCAGUUCCAAGUGAACGGCACAAAUCCAUAUAUGGCAAUGGUCUAUUUGCAUAUAGUUCGUUUUGCAUACUAAGUCUUGCAUAGUAUACUACGUCUUGCAUAGUUCGUUUUCUUUCGGGUAUGUUGCGUUGAAAGUGUCUAAUAUUGCGUUAAUUCGAUCACAAUUCCCACAUUAAAGGGAAACGUUGACUUGAUAGUGUUAACUAAUGGGGAAAACUCAAGAAAGUUUAAUAAAAUUCAAUCUCGUGCUUCUCUGUGCUGGUUUUUCUUCUGCGCUGCAGUCCAUGGGGAGCUGCGCAGGCCCCGGCAGUUUAGAGGGAACAUUGGAUUCAAGUAUUGUGUUUACAAGACUUACUAUUUUCUAAGACAAGAGACAACAUGCUAGGCUUCUUUUAUCAUAAUACACUUCAUGCGGUGAAAUUUGAAAAAAAGAGACACCGCACGAGCUUCCCGUUUCCAUGGCGACGUCGGCACACAACCUGCUUGCUGCAGAAACCAGACAGCUGUCAGCUAAGCUAACCUCUGUUUUUCAUUGUAACUUCAUAGCAAAUAUGGAGUUCACAGGUAGCAGUUACACUGGAGCCUUCAAGAAUGGCAGGAUGGAGGGAGAAGGAGAGUAUAAAUUCCCAACAGAUACAAGAUAUGUUGGGGAUAUGAAGGAUGGCAUGUUCCAUGGAAAAGGUGUUCUCUAUUUUCCAAAUGGAAGCAAAUAUGAAGGAACUUGGGAGAAAGGGAUAUCCAAACAGGGAAAGUAUACCUUCUCUGAUGGGCUGGAGUACCAGGAGAAGGACUGGGACUUCUGUGAUGGUUAUGACAGACAGUUCUACACUGAGAGGUGCAAUGGACUCAAACCUGCAGGGGAGUCUCAGCUGACAGACCUGGACCCGCCGCGCGUCAUCCCAGAUGGCUGCUAUGACUGUGGGGACGGCUUCUACGACCCCAACACCAGGGUUAUCACUGACUAUGAGCAUCAAUUCCUGAGGAACGCAGAUGACUAUGAACGGGAGUGGAUUGUGUCCACUUGUCGGAAGAGCUGGGAUGAGAUCGUUGGACAUUCACCUGACAACUAAGGCUGAAUUUCAGAACUGGACAUUGAGUUGAGGGGCCUGAGCAGCUACUGAUAUAAAGGCAGCUAAUCUAUGGAAUGUUUAACUGUAUAAGCUACCUGUGAAUCAUAUUUUGUGAAAUAUGGAAUAUUACACAUUUUCGUUGUUAUAAAUAUAUAUGAUUUUAA